UCAUCUCUCUCGGGGUUUGCUCGAUUACAUGGAGUGGUUGCUCUAAUACCUUCAGCUGCAGACAAACAUGCAGAUUACAGAGCGAGAGUCCCUCGCCUUAGAAAAGGAGUAGCUAAAAUACGGCAACACAACAUCCUUAGAAGACAGACUGGCAGGGGGAGGUGAAUGCGCUAUUCUUGUAUCAGUAAAGAGCCUGCGUUAAAUAACCAGGACGCAUAAUACAGCAGAGGUGAGGCAAACCAACGGCCCUUGCCAGAAAGGUUGGUGCGAAGACCGCAACUCGUGCACGGACAACAACAGCAGCAUCUUAUCGCAUUUAGACAUGAAAGUGAAGCAAGGCUGCGACGCGGGUGUCCUAAAUACGACCGAAGAGGAUUUGUUAAAAAACACAGAAAUAACGCCGGAUGAUGUACUCGGACUGCAGAAGAUCACAGACAAUUACCUCUGCGGUCCAGAGCAGAACAUACACAAGAUUGACUUCACCAGGUUCAAAAUCCGAGACAUGGAGACUGGCACAGUUCUUUUUGAGAUCACCAAACCCCCUACAACAGAGAGUGGGGAGGACAGAACAGACUUUGACCAGAACGCCGGACGCUUUGUGCGUUACCAGUUCACCCCCACCUUCCUCCGACUACGCCAGGUUGGCGCCACGGUUGAGUUCACUGUAGGCGAUGUUCCAAUCAACAACUUUCGUAUGAUUGAGCGGCACUAUUUCCGUGGGCAGCUGCUGAAGAGCUUUGACUUUGAGUUUGGCUUCUGCAUCCCGAGCAGUAAGAAUACCUGCGAACACAUCUACGAAUUCCCACCUCUCUCUGAAGACAUAAUGCGUGAAAUGAUCCUUCACCCAUAUGAGACACAAUCCGACAGCUUUUACUUUGUGGACAACAAGCUAGUAAUGCACAAUAAGGCAGAUUAUUCCUAUAACGGUGGACCGUAGAAAUCUGCAUCCAGUUGCAGUGGACUGGCAUAGGAACAUCUACUGAAAGUGGCAUCUAAUCUUGUAUGUGAUGGUGCAUUGGUUUAAAAAAAUCUCAGGAUUGUGUGUGUGCAUAUUUGUGCGUGUGUGAGACAGAGAGAGAAUGUUACUCUAAGAAUGGGCCUGUACUACUUUUUUUCUCCUUCGAAUCUUUUAAAGUGUGUGAUAAUUGUGUCUCUCAUUGAGUACAUGAGUGUGCCUGUGCACAUGUGCAUUAAUUGCAUGCUCUGUUUUUUAUGUAUUUUUCAAAGCCCAAAGCCAAAUGAUUUGUGACUAAAUGUUCAUACAGUGAGUGACAUCACUCAAGGCUUCUAAUGCAUAAAAAGAGGCUCAUGUAGAGAGAGGUGCAGUGUGUUUGAACCUUUAAAGGAAGGAAUAUUUUCAGGAACUGUGCAAGGAAAUGUGUAUUUUGCCCUGACAUUACACCCCACUGCCUUUUAGAUUCGCUGAAAGGCCCUGAUUUUCCUUAACUUUUCUCAUUUUCCUUUUUGAAUACUUAUAAUUUGGUCAAUGAUGAUGUAAAUCUGUGUUAUUUAUAUUAAUAUGCUCUUAUUUAUAUUGAUAUACAUUGUCAAACAUAUUUUUAAUAGCAUCUUUUGUCAGAAAUAGUUAUAUAAUAUAGUAUAGUUAUACCAUUAUGUGUAAUUGUUUCAUGGAAUUUAACAAAAAAA